UAUCAUGACAUUGUUAAGCAUAUAUAACAUUAACCUCGACCCAGACAUGAAUCAUGAGUAACAUCCAAAUCUGUUGAACUACACAAAUCUACUCACCUUGACCAUUAACCAUACUAAUGGCUAAUUACAUAUUCUACCUUCACCUUCUAUCCCUCCUCUCCUUCACACUCGCCGGCGAUUCCUCCACCACCCGAGACGCCGCGGUCCUCCUCCGCGUCAAAACCACCCAACUGUCCGACCCAGAUUCCAUGCUCAACGACUGGCUUGAAUCUACCUCCUCUUGCAACUGGACCGGCAUCAAAUGUAACCACCAAACCCUUGACAUUAUUUCAAUAGACUUCAGCGAUUUCGGCAAUCUAGCCGGCCCUUUUCCAGCCGAUUUCUGCCGGAUUCCAACUCUCCGCAACCUUAGCAUAGCUAAUAACUUAUUCAACGGUACCAUCUCUUCAACAUCCUUUAGUUUAUGCUCUCACCUCGCGUUUUUAAACAUUUCUAAUAACUUUUUCGAGGGAAAGUUACCCGAAUUCAUGCCUAGAUUCGGUAACUUAACCGUUCUAGACGCGUCUUACAAUGGUUUCACUGGCGAGAUUCCUCCAAGUAUAGGCGGAUCAUCUUCGCUUCAAUACGUCGAUUUUACUUCAAACUAUAUCUCUGGUAAACUCGCGGACUCGCUAACGAAUCUAACGGAGCUAAAAGUGUUUUUAGCUCCUUUUAAUCCGUUAGCGGGUCCGUUGCCAGAAACAAUCGGGCUUCUUAAGAAUCUAGAGAUUUUCAGAAUCUCAAGCACUAAUUUAUCCGGGAAAAUACCGGAUUCUAUUGGUGAUCUUGCAUCUAUCCAAAGUAUUGAUCUCUCAGAUAACGCGCUCACCGGGGUGAUCCCGGUGAGUAUCGGACGUUUGAAAGGUUUAAAAUAUCUCUGGCUGUAUAACAAUAUCUUAUCCGGUGAAAUACCGGAUGUUUUCGGUAACUUAACGUCGUUAACUCAUUUUGACGUCUCACAAAACAACUUAACCGGUAAAUUACCGGUUAGUGUUGCCGGUUUGCAUCUUGUGUCACUGAACGUAAAUGACAACCGCCUUGAAGGUGAAAUCCCAGCGGUUCUUUCUUCAAACGACAAGCUCGUCCAGUUGAAGCUUUUUAACAACUCGUUUUCGGGUACGUUGCCGGAGAAUUUGGGGAAAAAUUCCAACUUAGAGGAGUUUGAUGUUUCUAGUAAUCAAUUUUCCGGUAAGUUACCGGAAAAUCUUUGUUAUAAGAAGGCGCUUCAGAAGUUUAUCUGUUUUAAUAACAGAUUUUCCGGUGAAAUUCCGGCGUCUUGUGGGGAGUGUAAGUCUAUUUCUUAUGUGCGUAUAUCUAAUAAUGAGUUUUCCGGCGAGAUUCCGGCGAGUUUUUGGAGCUCGUCGGAGCUGCAGUUUGUAGAUAUGAGUGGUAAUAAGUUUCAUGGGUCGAUUCCUGGUUCGAUUUCUAAAUCGCUAACGAAGUUAGCGAUUUCCGGUAAUAAUUUCUCCGGUGAGUUACCGGCGGCGAUAUGCAAGUUACCGGAGAUGGUAGAAAUGGAUUUGAGUGAUAAUCAGUUUUCAGGUGCACUGCCAACUUGUUUGACCAAUUUGAAGAAGUUAGAGAAGCUUAAUCUUCAAUCUAAUAAGUUUUUUGGUGAGAUUCCGAAAGCUAUGAGCGGUUGGGAUGAGCUUUCGAGUUUGAAUCUCUCGAAUAAUCAGUUAACCGGAGAAAUUCCCAAUCAGAUCGGGGAUUUACCGGUUCUGAAUUAUUUGGAUCUUGCCGGAAAUUUACUUUCCGGCAAGAUCCCAGCUACGUUGAGUAAACUGAAACUCAACAUGCUGAAUCUUUCCAAUAACAAUCUGGAAGGAAAAAUACCAACCGGGUUGGAUAGUGAGGUUUUUGUCUCGAGCUUAACGGGUAACCCGAAGCUAUGUAGUCAGGAUCUUAAACCGUUUAGGAAAUGCAGUAAAUCGAAAUCAAUAAGCUAUUAUUUGGUUGGAUUUUUGUCGAUCUUGGCUUUCUUUCUUAUCGCAUCCCUUUUGUGGGUUGUGGUCAAGACUAAACUAUUCCGGCGAAGUAAAAGUUUAUGGAAGAUCACGUCGUUCCAGCGGCUCGGGUUUAAAGAACAAGAUGUGAUGGUGUCACUAAUGGAGAGCAACGUCAUUGGAAUGGGUGGGUCGGGUAAGGUAUACAGAGUGACACUCAAAACAGGACAGACAGUCGCGGUUAAAAAGCUCUACGGAGUUCACCGGGGUCCGGAAAACGAGGCGGAGUUUUUGUCGGAGAUGGAGACGUUGGGUCGAAUCCGGCAUAAAAACAUUGUGAAGCUUUUGUUUGGUAGUGUUGGGGCGGACUUCCGGGCGUUGGUUUAUGAGUAUGUGGAGAAUGGAAGUUUAGGGGAUUUGUUGCAUAAAGAUCCGAAAGGUGGGUUUUUGUUAGAUUGGAGCAAGCGGUAUGAAAUUGCGCUUGGAGCUGCCCAAGGGUUAGCGUAUUUGCACCAUGACUGUGUACCAAGCAUCGUCCAUCGGGAUGUUAAGUCCAAUAACAUCCUGUUGGACGAAGAGUUUAGACCGUGUGUUGCUGAUUUCGGUCUAGCCAAGACCUUGCAGCUAGAAGUGAAGGAAAGUGAUGAACCCAUGUCGCGCGUUGCUGGUUCCUACGGCUACAUUGCACCAGAGUAUGCAUACACAAUGAAAGUUACUGAAAAGAGCGAUGUUUAUAGUUUUGGGGUGGUAUUGAUGGAACUAGUGACGGGUAAGAGACCUAAUGAUGCAUCUUUUGAGGAACACAAGGAUCUAGUGAAGUGGGUAACCGAGGCUGCUCUAUCGUCGUCUGAAAAUCAAGGUGACGGUGGGUGGGUAGACUUGGACCAACUUAUUGAUCCUAAACUAAACCCCUCAGGCCAAGAUUACGAAGAAAUCGAGAACGUGUUGAAUGUAGCUCUUCAGUGCACUUCCGCAUUCCCCAUUAACCGACCGUCCAUGCGACGGGUUGUGGAGUUGCUCAAGGACCAGUCCCGGACACCAACAAAAUAACCUAGUUUUAUAACAUGUAUUUUUUUUUUCCUGUACAAAGUUUGUAGUUUGGGUUGCAUGACUUUGUAUAUAGACUACUGCUGUGAGAUUUUCUGUGAUGAUUUUGAAGAUUUUGACUCUUCAAGUUUA